AUGCCUUCUCCUAGGAGCUGCACGCCAUUGCCAAGCCAAGCAGACCUCUUCUACUAUUGCACAACCUCUUCCACUUCUGAUGACAAUCUUCAUGCUUGCUACGGUCCUCCUUCAAAAUCAUCGUUGCGAAUUGGCAUAAUCGUACUUGGAAAAGAGCAGAUACAGCUAUUCGAUCUCGCCAUGGUUGAUUUGUUUGCUUCGUUGGGAAGAAGUAGCAUCAGCAAGACGGGUGGAACAGACGCUGCAGUUGCAGAGGCCGUAGACGAAAUCGACAUACGCUAUGUCAAUUUGACAGGAGAAGGAAGUUUUCCGGUCACUUCUGGCACACGUAUGCCCGUGACGCCAUCUGAAAGCCAGUCUGGCGGGGAGACCCUGAAACUGAUAGCUUUUGAUCAGAAUUCUGUUGCAAACGCGCCUCAAUUCGAUGUUCUCAUUGUCCCCGGAUCGUUUUCCCUGAACGAAAUAUUGGCUUCCGCUGCAACAUUCAUCGCUGCGCAGGCAUCCCAUCCAGAUCUCAUCGCCAUCAUGAGUAUCGCGUCCGGCGUUACUCAUCUAGCACAAGCUGGCGUACUGCAUAGAAAACGAGCCGCAGCACCAAAAUGUCUCCUCGCAGUUUUGGAAUCCAAAUACCCGCAGACUUUCUGGCAGCGAUCAGAAUGGGCUCGACAUGAGAAGAUCUGGAGCAGUAAAUCUGCCGCAUCCGCAAUUGAUAUGGUCGCGACCUGGAUGCAAGAGUAUUUUUGGGAUCGCAGCAAGACUGUACACCAUGCCCUGACGACUGCAGAACUUAAGGCACCUGCUGUACAAGUCAUCAAGAAUAUGAUUUUUCACUUCAUUCAAGCCUCCGACGAGCAAUCACUUUGGGUGGCCAACCUAGCGCUCAAGCUCUGA